AUGACUCCGGCAGCUCUGUCAAUCGUCAAGCUUCUCGGAGUCUCGCUGAUCAACCUGCCUCUGUCGUACGCUGCUCCGCUGUUCUCCAACAAGUCCGACUCGCCCAUCUACAGACGCGAAGAGCCCGAGCCUAAGUCGCCCGACGAUCCCCAGCUAUGGGUCUACCUGGGUGUCGCCAUUGCCCUCGUACUCUUGGGAGGUGUCUUUGCUGGCUUGACCAUUGCUCUUAUGGGCCAGGAUGAAAUCUACCUGCAGGUCAUCGCUACCUCGGGCGAGGGAAGUGAGAAGAAGAGUGCGGCCAAGGUCUUGCGCCUGCUGAAGAAAGGCAAGCAUUGGGUGCUUGUCACGCUGCUGCUCAGCAAUGUCAUCACCAACGAGACUCUGCCCAUCGUCCUGGACCGCUCGCUCGGUGGUGGCUGGCCCGCUGUGCUGAGCAGUACCAUCCUCAUUGUCAUCUUCGGCGAAGUUGUCCCUCAAUCCAUCUGUGUCCGUUUCGGUCUUCCCAUCGGCGCUGCCAUGUCUCCUCUCGUCCUAGGCCUCAUGUGGAUCAUGGCCCCGGUGGCCUGGCCCACUGCCAAACUCCUGGAUUGGUUGCUCGGCGAGGACCACGGCACUGUUUACAAGAAGGCAGGCCUCAAGACGCUCGUCACUCUUCACAAAACUCUGGGUACUAGCCCCUCGGAUCGCCUGAACGAAGACGAAGUCACCAUCAUCAGCGCUGUUCUCGACCUCAAGGACAAGCCCGUUGGCGACAUCAUGACUCCUAUGGGUGAUGUCUUCACCAUGUCGGCUGACACAGUCCUGGACGAGAAGAUGAUGGACACUAUUUUGUCUCAGGGCUACUCCAGGAUCCCUAUUUACGCCCCCGACAACACCCGUAACUUCAUCGGCAUGCUACUUGUCAAGAUCCUCAUCACCUACGACCCUGAGGAUGCCCUCCGCGUUCGCGAUUUCGCCCUUGCCACCCUUCCUGAGACCAAGCCUGAAACGAGCUGUCUGGACAUUGUCAACUUCUUCCAAGAGGGCAAGUCCCACAUGGUCCUCGUAUCAGACUUUCCUGGUCAAGACAAGGGUGCUCUCGGUGUCGUUACUCUGGAAGAUGUUAUCGAGGAACUUAUUGGAGAGGAAAUCAUUGAUGAAUCGGAUGUAUUUGUCGAUGUGCACAAGGCGAUAAGACGCAUCGCACCGGCACCGCGCACUAGAUACAACAGGGGCAAUCUCGUUGUGGAUGCCCCUGCUACCGACGACGACACUGACGUCGACGAGCGUACUCAUCUGCUUGGUCACAAGGACUCGAGCAGUCAGAGCCGCAAGUCUUCACUGACCGGCUCCCGCGAGGCUACUCUUCUGCUUCGUAGACGCAGCAGUACAAGCAGUGACAAGAACCGACCAUUGCCCAUUCGCUCAAAUACUGCCGAUUUGCGCCAGCACUUGAAACAUCUCGGUCCCAGCAAUGUUGCAAGCCGUCCAAAGGCCACCAAGUACACUUCUGUGAAGAUCAAGCCUGGUGUAGGAACCAUUCCUGAGAACCACGUACCUGCACCUGCCUCCACACAAGGACCCGAAUCCAGCCAGACAGGUACUCCACAAACGGUUGUCAACGGCAAUUCAUCCAGACCUGAAGGCGGCAUAGGUGCUGGCCUCAUCGGCUCAGCUGCUCUUGAAGCUCAAGAUGGGGCACACGCUGUCGCUCACGGAUAUGGUACAAUUUCCCCCGGGUCCAAGAAUCCCUCUGUCCACGAAGAAUCUGAAGUGCAGGCCGAAAACAACUCGACUUCACCCAAGCCCAUGACCGCCAGUGAAGCAUCUGCUUUUGCUGAUGGUCACACUGGAACGAAGCCCGAGAGCAAGGAAAAUCAUGGCCAUGAACAGGAGCAGCAAAAUGGUAACCACGAGUCUUCCGAGCAAGAACAACCUGAUUUGCCUCAAAAGUUGGUCGUACAAGGAAGCACUUCCCGCCCUAUUUCUCGGGAUAGAAGAGGCUCAGGAUCAUCUCACUCCACGUUAGGAGAAAUGGAAGAUCGACCGGGAUACAAGUCUCGUCGUGCAGUUCGAUCCGGUAGUAUCACUGAGAACAUCAUUGACGUGAACGGCAUGAAGAAGGUUGUUCUGGAAGCAAACAGCUCAUCCGACGGAGACGAACAAAAGGCCGCCGAGGCUAGCGAUGGCGCAAACGACAAACGUGGCCACGAUGAGGACCAAGAUGAUGCUGGUCACGAUGAUGCAGGUCACGAUGAUUCCAAAGGCACCAAAAAGAAGAAGAAGAAGAAGCGAGCAGGCAAGAAAUUCCGCAACAAGGGCGACUCCGUCAAGAGUCGUAGUGGCGACAGCACUCCUCUGUUGAGCCAGGGUGAUCGUUAA